AGCCUUCGUUAGUCAGCGGUUACCCUCUCGAACAAAAUAGUCGGCCAUUAAAAAAUGGAACUUUUCUAGAUGUCUUAGUACUAAAGAUAAUCAGGUAAUUAUAAACUUAUUACCCAAAAUGGGUCAAGGAAAAUCUAGAGAGCGUUAUGAAAAAGCAGUUCGAAAGCUAAGCUCUCUAGAACUGGCUAACCUUGAAGGCGUUUUCAACGAGAUAUCUACGAAACGCGAAGACGGUAGCAGACAUGUUGAGAUUUCCCUGGUAAAUAGACAAGACUUCGCCGAGAGAUUUCGACUGCCUGGGUUUGUGACGGAGAGAUUGUUUCAUGCCUUUGACAGAUCAGAGACUGGGACAAUUGACCUUGAAGAGUUCAUUGGUGGAAUUGCCCUCUGCCUUCAUGGCUCUGUGAGAGACAAGUGCAGAGUGUUGUUCAAGGUUUUUGAUUUGGAUGAAGAUGAUGGAGUGAGUAAGGAUGAACUUACAGCUGUUCUGUUAAGCUCUCUUGAAUCAGCUGAGAAAAUUCUUGAUAAUAUGGAAGAGCCCUCGAGUGGCUGUACAGCUGACAAUACAGACAGACUUAUUGAGACAGUCACAAAGAUUGUUGACGAGGCAUUUAAAAAAAGUCAUGUUUCAAAAAGUGGAAAGCUGUCUGCUAAGGAGUUUGAGAAUUGGUUAUACCGCACUCCACAAAUUAUGGACAAUGUUUUUGGGUGGCAAUGCCCAAGACCAGAAGAAGGCCAUUGGAUGAAUGAGCAACCUCCCCACAGUCCUACAGCAAAAAUAGGCAUUCUAGAGUCUCACUCCCCGGUAGCCACAAGCCCAUUCUCACAGCACUUAGAGUCUGAGCCCCUAGCCACACGUCAUGAUUUGCUAUCAGGCUAUCCAGAUACCAGUGAUGAGGCGCACUUGUUUGGUACAGUUCCUAUCGGGGGUGAUGCAUUUGUGGAAACCCCCUUGCCAAUUCAAGGGCAAAACCCCCAGGACUUCCUAGAACCUGUGCAGAUUUUAAGUGACUCAUUUCCAGUAGAUGAAGAUUCUGAUCAGUUUGCCCAAGACCCAAGUCUUUUCCAAGCUAGAACCUCAGUCACUGACCUGCCAAAGACUUCUCAAGAUCAAUUACAGGCUUGUCAGAAUCCCCAGGAUUCACUUCAAACACCACAAACACAGAGUCUGGAAAACCCAACUCUGGUGUCAAUCCACAAUGAUAACCAAAGCUCGGGACUGCAACAGGGUGCAGAAGUAGUGAAGUCUGAACAGCAGUAUACUUUACAGUAUAUCCAGCAACCAUACACAUCGCCACAUAUCACCCCGCACCAUCUACAGUCAGUUGGCACAACGCAAGAUGCCUUUCAAACUGUUCCAGCUACUAUAACGGGAAUUCAGAUGGUGCAGGUAUCCCAUGAUCCUUUCCUGGGGCUUCACCCUGUGAUGAAACCUACGUUCGACCUCCAUGGCCUGGAUCAUCCAAAGGAUCUGCAGCACGUCUCGUUGCCAACUACCCCAGAGAUGGAGGUUUGUGGAAAGGAGACGGAGGAGGAUCGUCGGUGCUCUGCCUGGAUUCCCUCACCACAGACCAGGCAGCUACUGGCUACUAUUGGUUCUGGCAUGAUGAGUAACAUGGAUGUGGACCAGCAGUUUCUGACAUCUCCAGGGAUAGUCAUCGAUGGACCUCAGAUUGACCCUGUCAAAGACAUGCUUCAGAGAUUUAUAAGUGAGCAAGCUGCAGAGAAGAGACAAGUUCUGACUGUUGACAGCGUCCCACUAGAUGAGUCUGGGCUCAAGGAGUUAUUGGCUGCGCAGUGCUGGAGAGCUGGGCUGGAAUUCACUGGACGAUUCCUGACGGCACAUGGUCAGGGUGUAGGUCAACAUGGUCAGCGAGCCAUGCACACUCAUAAAACAUUACAGAUGUGGUUCUGUAGAGUAGCUAUGUUGAUCAAGCUGCAGAUGUAUAGUACUGCCGAGGCGGAGCUGGAUGCGUUCAAGACCUUCGAUCAGCCUGACUUGUAUUACGAGUACUACCCAGAAACUUACCCAGCACGGAAAGGCUGCAUGGUGCCAUUCUCCCUCCGUAUCCUACACGCUGAGCUCCCCCAAUAUAUCGGGAAGCCGAAUGAAGCUCUCGAUCGCCUUUACGAGCUGAACCGAACCUGCACUCAAAUCAUCGGAAACUUGUCGGCUGGUCUUGCCGAGGAUGGCUCGGAAUGUAGCAGAACCGACGAACAAAAAAAAGCUGCGAUUGACCUUUGGAGGGGAAGAGAGCUCCGAGUUAUCUUCUCAAUUGGCAACUGCUUCUUAGCUGUGAAGGACUAUAAUCUGGCAGUUGCCAUCUUCGAGUCAAUAAAAGAUAGAGACGCGACACACAGUCUAGCUCUCAACUCAGGCAUCGGGAGAAUCUACUUACAGCUGGGUGACCUAGAGCAGGCGGAGAGCUUUUUCAAGGCAGUAGAUGCCAACUCCUCGGGUGAGCCCGAAGCGCAGGGCACGGUUGUCAUGAACAAAGGUUUCAUGGCGCUGGCGAAAGGAUCGUAUGAAGACGCACACAAGCACUUUGUCGCGGUCACUAAACUCGAUCCCGAGAACUCAGUUGCCAUCAACAAUGUCGCCGUGUGCUUGCUAUUUCUUGGAAGGUUGAAGGAGGCUCUGAGCGUACUGGAGACGGCUAUCUGGUCCAAUCCCCCGCGCAAUCUGAACGAUGGCCUUCUGUUUAACCUGUGCACUAUUUAUGAACUUGAGUCCUCCUGGAGUCUCCAGAAAAAACACAAGUUGCUAGAACUAGCUGCUCAGUAUAAAGGCGACGGAUUCAACGCGUCGUGCCUCAAAAUAGGCUGAUGGUAGAGCAAUCCCUGGUCGUCACACCGGGAUUCCUGUGGCCGUAGAUCAUCGCAAGGAAGCCUGGAAUCUGAGAGGACCAGAACUGACGCUUGAGGAUUUUGCAUAGAAAUCAGCUCAGUUCUUUAAAUUUAAAGCCUGAAUUUCGUAGGCUUUAAAACCUUAUGCAAUCAGACGUUCGUCCGUUUGAAUAACGGUGAAUUUCAAUCAAUCCUACAACUAAAUCAAAUUGAUAUAUAUUGAUAUAGUAUCAAAUAAUACAGGAGAAUGAGAAGAGGUCUCUAAGGUCUUGAUGACUUGUAAAUAGCUUAAACACCCCGAGCUUCUCUUUAACUCGAGCUUUGGAAGUAAAACUGAUAUCUUGCAUACAA